UUCACUUGAACGUCACAUCGACAUAUAAUAUUUCUCUUACACAGAAUAUACAAAAUACACUAUAUACAAAUCACUUUAUAAUUCAUAUAUAUUAAUUAAACCAUAAUCAUGAGUGAGCCAAAACAUUCCGUUAGAAUAUCGAUUGCGCCAUCAAUUAUAUCAACAAAUAGGAUAUCUAUAGCUAAUUCAGGCGUACAAGAAGUGAUGGAAGAACAAUCAAAGUCAGCUUCGCAAAACAUCUCAAUAAUAAAAAUGUCUGGGGACGAAAAUGCGAGAAUCCAAAGAUUAUCGAUACGUUCACAGCCCAAGGAAAGUAAAGGGUCUAUGAGUCUAAGUGCACAACACUCAGCACUCAGUAAAAGAAUCUCAGAGCGGAAAUCGCAAGAAACUCCAAGAACAUCUAAGGAGACUAAAAAAGAGAAGAAAAAGAAACACUCCUUCGACAUAAUAUACGGCGAAGGAGAAGGUGCCACAGACUACGAAGGCAAGUCCAUCCAAAGAGACACAGUCACCCAGUCACCCAGCUCUUCCUCAACGGCAGAGCCUUCAUCAAGCGAAAGCAACAAAUCCAUUGAAAAUGAAGUUGGACAACAUCAUGGUGAAGAAGAACAACAACCGGAAGGAGACUUAGAAGAUUAUCAUGAACAUGAAAUCACCGAUUCUGGAAGAAUAAGUAGUGUUCUCUCCGUCGAGGAAGAGGAAGUCGAAGAAGAAGAAACACCGUUCAUCUCAGUAUUCGACCGGUUAGACGUCGAACGACCAGUUCUAGACGUCCCAGACGUGAUUACACCGGAAAUGCUGAAGAAAAUCUCCGUAGACCUUGGCCAGAUUCGCCUGUGCUGGCCAAAGAAGGAAAAAAUUCGUAUCGACUUCAUGCCCAACGUAAUCCUACCGGAUGGUUACCUCAUGAACACCAACAAGGAAAAGGUGUUGCUGCUUUACACCGAAAACUUUCGCGUACAAUACCAUGCGCGCUUCCCCAACCGGAAACCACUACUACUAUGCGGCGAUAAUGUUGCCGGACAGAGGAAAAUGGUGUGCACAACACUGCGUCCAACAACACUUCCGCAUCCGAACCUAAGCACUUGGCAGGAGUUGGCGAGCUUCGUCGCCGAUCAUAUCAAGUACGAACCUUUGGAUCCGCCCACCAAACUGAAAAGUCGCCUGUUGUCACCGUUUGUAGUUUUCCGGAAAAAGAUCGGGCAUUCAUUUGAAAUGUCCACGGCGCUGUGUUCGUUACUCAUGGGUCGAAACUACAACGCAUUCUGCGUCUACGGCGUAGCGGCACGCGACGUAACCGAAUGCAUCAUGAUCCGCGCCGACUGUCCCUUCGACGAGAAAGAGGUCGAAAAAGUCGUGGAGGAAAAAGUCGAGGAAAAUAAAAAAUACGUCCUCAAGGCACCGCGCGAUCUGCGCAGCAAGUUCCUCAUGGCAAUGGAGCAGAAAGACGCCGAAAAACACGCCGCCGAGAAGGAAAAACAAGAAGCAAUACGUCGCCAGAAACUGCUCGAGAAAGAAGCGCCCCCACAUGAUGAUCUUCACUGCAGACGCCUGCACGGCUGGGUAUGCAUCAUGCCACUACCCGAGGAAAAAGACACACAACCAUUUUUCAUCGAAUCCACCACCGGCAUGGCCCAUCCGAUAGACUCACCCGCCUAUUGCUCGGUGCAGAGCGUCUGGAACAACACCAACUACUGGGUGAACCUGCAAGAUGAUUCGCUUGGUAUUGGCAAUCACAGCUUCGACCUCACCGACAUCAGUAAAUGGGAGCAUAUUCUGCCCGGUGAGCCCAUCCAUGACCGCAUUCAUAAUCGUGAACUGGAAAUGGAGGACGACGAAGAGGCUCAGGAGCUCAACCAGCUGCUAGAUGAACAGCAUCUGGAUAUGCCGGAGCCUUGGAGUUUGCGGAUCAAUGUCUCGCAUCAGGAUGUCAACAAUCGCUUUCCACUCGGACACAAAAAGACGGUCUACAAACGCACCGUCGUGGAACAAUUCUCACCCUAUUCGCAAGAUGAUGGAUUGGUGAUGAAGAUCUUUAAAUAUUCCGACAUGGAUUGUACCGAUUUGGUAUCCAUCGAGGAGAGAUACAAGAAUCGCAGUGAUAAGUGGUGUAAACGUACGGAAAACAUCGCUACUUCUUUAAUCACAGAGUAUUUUGAUCGUGGGCGUGAAGACAAUGUUAAAGAACACACGUUUUAUAAGCAUGACAAUGAGGCUGACUCAUGGCGGACGAUUGAGUUCUACUACAAGAGUCGCUUUGAUUGCUUGAAGGUCAUCAAUCACGACUUGUUCUACCUGCAGGAGGACUACGUUAACAGGGAGGAUUUGUUCUACUUCCGACGAACGGAGUAUGCAAAGCGCGGCGAGCCGCCGCCGGGAUUUAUCGAAGGACCUCGGAGGAUCAUAAAACGAAUGGUGGAAAAAUUCGAGCGGAAUAAAAACGUACGCGCUUCUGAUGACAUCGCAAUUCGCGAGUUUGACUACGUUGCGAGAAAGAUCAGCCUGCAGUUUCACUACGAUGUGGGGAAGAUAACGGCCAGCACGCGUGUAUUCCUCAAACCGCCCCUCAGCGAAAUGGUCGAAGGGGUGUCCUAUAAGCCGGAAUUGACCUAUGGUUAUCAGGCGGAAAUCGGUGCGAAACCACCGAAAAAUUCAACGCUCUACGCAUUAUUAGAAAGGCAACUCAAGGACGAAGAAGAAGGCAUGAUUAAAGUGCGUCACGUCGAGGACACUAUCGCAGAGUUUAUCCGCGUUCGCGCCUUGGAAGUUUUACAUCCCAAGUUAGAUGUUGGUUUGUUCAAUCGCGAACAAAACAAAGAGAAUCGCCGCUUGAUGCUCGAGAAGGAAUCCGAAGAUCGCACCAAAAAGGAGCGUGAAAUCGAGGACGAGUUAGAUUACAUUCGGCCGUAUAUCGUACGCGAAGGGCUCGAAGAGGUGUUAACGUAUCAACAAGCCCUGCGUGUGCGUAACGAAUGUUUACGCGAGUUCCAAGAAAUGCUCCUAAAGCGCGCCAACCGCCUGCAGCAACAAUUCCAGCAUCAAUUAGCGCAUUUGAAGAAACGUCGCGAUUGGUAUAAUGAUGAAGUUGAGAAUCUUACCUUCGAAGAGGAACAGGAAUACUUCCGGGAAUUGAACCAGGCGAACUUUGUGAUGCACUGUAUGGACCUGCGGCUGAUCCGUUGGAAAGAAGUGGUGCCGCAGAGAGUUGAAGCAUUAUUAAGAUUUCUUGACAUGCAUCCCAAACUACAAGUGCUUAAAAAACGCAAGCAUCACAAGAACUCACGGUUUGACAAACCCCAAAACACUGGCGCUUCGAAGAAGACUGGCACCAAGGCACAGAAACAGCAAUAAUUUUUAUUAUCAAACUUAAUUAUUACUUUUAAUAUGUAUAAAUGUACACGUUUUCUUUUUGUCAUCAAAAUUGUUUGUAUGGAGGAAACAACAACAAACGAAUAAAUUAAUUGUACACACUAAA